AUGGCCACUCCUCCAGCCGCCGGCCCUCCCUCCGACUCGUCGCGCGGUCUGCGGUCUCGCAAGCUCUCACUGACCAUGCGACAACUGCCCAUCGGCGUAUCGAGCUCGUCGCAGCUCUCCCCCUCGACUUCCACCUCGUCCCCGACCAUCCCGCAGCCAGACGUCGGCCUCGGCCUCAUGCUCGACGACGCGAACGGGACCGCCAGCGCACGAACGAGCAUCGACACGAGCGCGUCGGCUAUCCGCUCGAGGGCUAACAGCUUUGCCGCCGCGAACGAAGCCCAGGCGACCGAGUCGGAAGACUUCUUCUUGAGUGCUGCGGCGAGCGGGGCGGGCGCGUCCGGCAGCGGCGCAGGCGGCGGCGAGUCGGCUACACUGCGGCGGACUCCAUCUGGGCGACGGAUCCCCAUGGCGACUGUCACCUCGCCAACCGGCACGACCUCGUCCCCCUUGACCAUCUACACCGGCUCGCCCGCCUUGACUGCCUCUCCCGUCUCUUCCCCCGUUCCUUCGCCCGCCCAUCAGUCGUACACUAUCGGCAACCCCGUCGCCUCGACUUCGCAGCCCACCUCGAUACCCAUGUCGCGUCCGCCGUCCUACAACACCGCCAUGGGCAGCUCGCACUCUCACUCUCACGAGAUGCAGCGCACGCGAUCGAGCGGCUCGGACAUCCAUUCGCGCCAACAGUCUCUCACGUCCGCUUGCGCGCCCGUCACGUCCUCGGUCCUCAACACGCCCAAGAGCGACGUCGGCGCGUUCUCGCCGCAGGUUGGGACGGGUCCGCGGAGCGCAACGUGGAGACCUUAUGACUGGGGCAGCGCGGCUUCGGAGAAGGGAUACAGCAGCGACGAGGAUGUGCGGGAAGGAGGGAAGCGGAGGACGCUCGAGGAUGAGGGCUUCGUCGCCAAGACGCUCGGACUGCCCGGUGCAGUCUUGUCUGUCUUUUUGCGGCCCUUGAGCGGCGCAGCACCCCCUCGACAUCCGCAUUCGCCGCCUAUGAAUGGCUCGACGGCGAAAGCCCCGACUGCGGCGCAGCAACGCUCGCCUCUCCUCAUCCGACUCGUCCUCUUCGCCUACCUCGUCUUCUCAGUCAUCUACCUCUCGCUCUCCCUCACUCAAUCGCUCGUCUCGCCCUCGUCCGCAUCGGAUCCCUCCUCAUCCAGCUUCGCCUCGCUGAGCGCGAAAUUGGGCGCCAGAGCGGGUGCAGGCCAGGAAGGAUGGCAACUCGUUCGCGAGUACGCGGAUGGGCUGGGAGCAAAGGCGGGAUUGGAUCUGGGCUGGUCGAGGGUCAAGUCGGGCAACGAGGGGGGCGUGAUCGUACCCGCCGAGGAAAGCGCAGAACCGGUCGAGGACUGGGGCGUCGUGCGCAGGAUCGGGCAUCCAGACACCGCCGACUCGGCGCUUCGAAUGCAAGAUCCGGCCGAGAACCCGCUCUCGCCGUUCAGCCACACCUACCGCUUCUCCAAGAUGCACGAGAAGGUCCACUGGGACCUGCACGACGAGAUCGUCCCCUUCGCCUUCCACGCCGCCUCGAAGCCUGAUCCGUCGGGUGUCACGGCGUGCAUGUACACGAACGAGGCCUGGCUCCAGACGCUGCCCGCCUUCCUUCGCUCGUGGCAAGGUCCGGUAUCGCUCAUCUUUGAGGCGACACACUCGCGCCUCGACUCGGACGCGCGCAGCCGUCUCCUCUCGGUCAUCGCCAAGCUGCGUGACGAGGACCCUCUCACCAAGGAGCUCGUCGACUUCCACAUCGUUGGCGCGCCUCAGACCCUCUCGGAGCGCUCGCUCGCCAAGACCCGCGAGCGGAUGAUCAAGAACCCCACCGCGCGCAACUACCAGCUCAACCUCGCUCGCUUCUUCGCUCAGACCGACAUCGUCUUCCUCGUCGGCGACGCGCGCAUCACCCCGAGCGGUGGUUUGCGAGCACAGUUAACGACGCCUAGGGCGCGCGAAAUCCUCCUCGAGCGCGGAGACGCCAUCGUCGUCCCAACUUUCGGCUUCAUCCGCGACCCGACAGGCCAGGCCAACCAGCUUCCUGACUUUGCGCAGCUGCGCGCUCAGCUCGGGAUCGGCAGCGAAGGCGAGGCCGCAGUCGACGACUUUACCGGCGUUACCGCAGACGAGCUCGACCCGCUCGCGAACGAGUACAUCCACACGUUGUUCGAGACGCUCCCGCUUGCGCCCGAGGACUGGCCGACCCGCAAGCAGUCGCUCGUCCAGCUCGUCAACACGCGCGUUCCGUCGGUCGCGUCGCCCACGACCGCCCGCCUCGCGCUCUUCGACAAACGCUGGGACCUCAAUCACGGCCCGUCGAACUGGUACCUGUGGCGCAAGUCGUCGACCGACCCUCGGCUGCAGGAGAAGCCCUCUUCAGGCGGCGGACUCGGUCUCGGCAUCGACGGCAGCGUCGGCGGUGGCCGCGAACCCUACCGCGUCGUCGACUACGACCUGCACUACUCUCCCCUCGUCGCCGUCAGCAAGAAGGGCCAGCCGUGGUGUACCGAGCGCUUUGACGACCUCCGCGCUGCGUGCACCUACCAGAUGUACUUGGCUGGCGCAGAGAUGUGGGUCUUGCCCGACGAGUGGGCGUACACGAUCGAGGUCGUCGAGCGCAAGCCCGAGGGCGAGAAGGAGGACCCCGCCGAGAAGCUCAAGACCUCCAUCUCGUCGCGCCUGUACGGCAAGUUCCACCAGGAGGCCUGUAUGCACUACGGCCGCGAGUUUCUCUCGGUCGGCAUGUGGGACUCGGACAAGGCCCAGCACCUGCGCGAAACUUGCGCAAGGACCCUCGGCACCUGGGGCAUGGGCAGCGGCUAG